CGCUGCGGAGUCGCCUCGGCGCCCAGCAGUGACGUCAGGGGCGCGCCCAGCCAGCAAAGUUCGUGCGGGUUCGGCGGGAGGGCGUCCUGCGGGUUCGCGCUCAUGGUGCGCUGCGGCUGCGCGUGGUGGAGAAAGUAUGGAAAUUUCAUUGAUAACUUAAGACUCUUCACCAAGGGAGGAAGUGGUGGAAUGGGUUACCCUCGUUUAGGUGGAGAAGGUGGAAGAGGUGGCGAUGUCUGGGUUGUAGCCCAUAAGAAUAUGACUUUAAAACAACUUAAGAACAAAUAUCCUCAGAAACGAUUUGUGGCUGGAGUAGGAGCAAACAGUAGAGUUAGUGCAUUGAAGGGCUCCAAAGGAAAAGACUGUGAAAUCCCUGUGCCUGUGGGUAUUUCAGUAACUGAUGAAAAUGGUAAAGUUAUAGGAGAACUCAAUAAAGAAGAAGAUAGAAUUCUAGUUGCUAAAGGUGGCCUUGGUGGUAAAUUACAUACAAAUUUCUUACCUUUGAAAGGCCAAAAGCAAAUAAUUCACCUUGACCUAAAAGUUAUAGCUGAUGUAGGCCUAGUAGGAUUCCCAAAUGCUGGAAAAUCCUCUUUACUAAGUCGGGUGUCCCAUGCAACGCCUAUGAUUGCAGAUUAUGCAUUUACAACACUAAAGCCUGAACUUGGAAAGAUUAUGUACAAUGACUUUAAACAGAUUUCAGUAGCCGAUCUCCCAGGUUUGAUAGAAGGAGCACAUAUGAACAAAGGAAUGGGUCACAAAUUCCUCAAGCAUUUAGAGAGAACCAGACAACUGCUUUUUGUUGUUGAUAUUUCUGGAUUUCGGCUUUCUUCUGUAACUCCAUACAGAACUGCCUUUGAAACUAUAAUUCUUCUUACAAAAGAGCUGGAGUUAUACAAAGAGGAACUGAAGACGAAACCUGCACUCUUGGCAGUUAAUAAGAUGGACUUGCCAGGAGCCCCAGUUAAACUUGAGCAGCUGAUGGAGCAGCUCCGGCACCCUGCAGAUUUUCUGCAUUUAUUUGAAAAAAGCAUGCUUCCAGAGAAGGCUGUGGAGUUCCAACAUAUCAUCCCCAUCUCAGCAGUUACUGGGGAAGGGAUUGAAGAGUUGAAGAGCUGUGUAAGAAAGUCACUGGAUGAGCAGGACAGCAAAGACAACAAUGCAUAUCAUAGGAAACAGUUGCUUAAUUUGCAGAUUUCCAAUGCAGUGUCUUAGAGAGAGCCAUAUCCAAGUGUGCUGUUACCGCUGCCAGAAGGACAACAUUUAAAUCUAGCAUAAUGUAUUGGUGGGUACUGUUUUUUUUAACAAAGAAGGAAAUCAUGUUAUUUGAAACACAUAUGAGCCUGGAAUGCAUUAUGUUCAAAAAAGCCAGGCAGGCACAGCAAGACAAAUAUCACACGAUCGUAUCUUACAUGUGUAAUAUCCCCCUCGCCCCCCAGACAGUGUUUCUCUGUAUUGCUUUGGAGCCUGUCCUGGAACUAGCUCUGUAGACCAGGCUGGCCUCAAACUGAAGAGAUCCGCCUGCCUCUGUGUCUUGAGUGCUGGGAUUAAAGGCAUUCACCACCAAUGCCCUGCUACAUGUGGAAUCUUUAAAAAAAAAAAAAAAAAAACUGAACAAGUAGAAAAAAAGUGAUUAUUAAGGAUGGGGAGAUAAAGGGUUAAGAGAUGUUGCUCAAAAGAUAACAAAGUUUCAAUUAAACUCUGCAGAUCUGUUGUAUAGCUGGUUGUUUAUAGUUAGAACAGUUUAUCGUAUUUUGAAAACUUUAAGAAAAUAGAUUUUAAGUAUUCUGACCACAAAGAAAAAAUUGAGAAAAAUAUAUUUUAAAUUAGCUUGAUUCUGUAUUUCAAAACACUGUGUAUGUUAGAGAUACAUGUGUAGUUUUUAUGUGUCAAGUAAAAAUGAUACUGUAGUCAUAAUAAUUUGAAAGCUUUUCCACAUUUUUAAGAUAAUCUUUACCUGUAGGUUUUCUGAUACAGGUGUCAUCAUUUAGAAAGAGAAAUUUUCCUCUUCCUCCUCUUCUGGUAUUAGCUCAGCAAAGCAAUUUCUUGCUGCAAAAAGUAUACACAGGACCGAAACUGGGCUAGCAUGCACACCGAGACCUGUUGUGGGUGGUGACUGGAUCUCUUCCUGUUGGUGGAAGCUCAACUUCAUGGUCUGACUAAUGUCUAAUUGGUUCAAAGGGGACGGUUCAGAAAACACCAGUCCUCACUGGCUAAACACCUUAGAUUUUAAAGUUUCUCAUGACUACCUUGUCUUUAUUACAUUAUUUUUUAUUUUUUUUCCAAACUUCAGUGUUGGCCAUUUGAAGUUUCUAGGAAGAAUAAAUGAUUCAUAUGAUUGGUGGGUGAGCCUACCUUCCAGGAAGAUACAUUUUCUUAAUUCCUAAUUAAAGUAUUUAAACAAUACUUAAAAAUAGA